CGAGAGAGAGAGAAGAAGGGUUAUUAAACGAUGGGAUCAAAGGGUGGUGUAGUAAAGCUAUCAGGAAUGCAGAAGCAGGUGUUGGCGUUGUACAGAGGGUUUCUGAGAGCAGCUCGUACCAAAUCCCCCGAAGAGCGGAGUCGCAUCGAAUCGACCGUCUCCGGUGAGUUCCGCCGGAAUGCCAGAAUCGUGGAUCGCAAGAACUUCAUUUACAUUGAAUAUCUGCUCCGUCGUGGCAGCAAGCAGCUCGAUCAGCUCAAGAGCCGCGAGACCGUCGGAUUGUCUUCUUUUAAGAUCGCACCCAACUCUCAGUCCGACGAAAAAACCUAAGCUGUGUUUAGUUUCAAGAAC